GCGCGAUAUUGAUUAGUACGGGACUUUUGGCAGAGAUAAGUAUGUCGUGCUGCAAUACUACUCGUAUAUAGGAGGCAUUUUUGUCAUUUAGUUCGCCUUUACCUUUGAGGCUCUUAAGAUCUAUAAAAAAGUCGUCACUGCACUUACCCGGGGUCAUAAUAGUGCACCGAGUUUGAAAUCGACGAGAACCAUGAAGCUUCGGGGCUCCUUGGCCGCAGUGGCGGCAACGGUGGUCACGUUCUUCGACGUUGUACAGGCCCAUUGCUAUAUCUACUCUGUCUACGUCAAUGGUGUCGAUAGUGGUACAUUCUCGGGGAUCCGUACACCAGCAUACAAUGGACCACCACCAUACGGCUUCGCUAAUGGCCCUGUCAAAGACAUCGAUAGUAUCGACUUGCGAUGCAACGUGCUAGGUGAUCACCAGGUACCACAUACCAUCCAAGUGACACCUGGGGACAACCUCACGAUGGAAUGGCAUCAUGAUGCCCGCACGGCUACAGACGACGUCAUCGCAUCUUCACAUCACGGCCCUGCGAUGGUAUAUCUCAGCCCGGACCCACCUAGCGAGAACUCCUUCGUCAAGAUCUGGGAGGAGGGUAAGUUUGCUGAGGGAGAAGGCCCUAGAGCGCCGGGAAAGUGGGCUACCACGGCUGAUAUCGCCGGCAACGGAGGCAAGAUGAACGUGAGAAUCCCUAAGGGGCUCAAAGCUGGCUUUUACCUUAUUCGGGCCGAGAUGAUUGGACUCCAUGAGGCUGAGGUUAGCUACCAGAAGAACCCUAUCCGCGGGGCGCAGUUCUAUCCAAACUGUGUUCAGAUCGAGGUUUUGGGCGAUGGCGAUGUCAGCCUCCCUGAAGGCGUCAGCUUUCCAGGAGCUUACAAAUGGGACGAUCCCGGAAUUAUCUACGAUGUUUACUGCUCGACGAAGACCACGACUACAGCCCCCUGUACCACGACUUAUCAGAUCCCAGGCCCGACGGUAUGGUCUGGCGCAUGGCCCGAUACGCCAUCGGUUGAGCUCGGUACUAUGACGGGAGUUACGAAAGUUACGAGCUGGAACACAUGGAUCGUGAAAUCGGUCGUCACGUCGGCGUCGGCCGGACAGGUCUUGGGCACGUCCACUUACCAGCCUCAGUGGUCGUCUACUUACCAUGCGCCUACCCCAACUGCAUAGGUUAGAUAGAAAAAUAAACAAGACACUUGUAGUUAAGUCAAGGGAUUGUGUGCAUGUGCACUGGAAACUGUGGAAACGGCGUGAGGUCUUGGAAUUGAACGGAUUUAAGGGGUAUUAGGGGGUAUUUUCAUGGUUCAUAUAAUGUUAAGUACUAUAUACCAGGUACGGUACCUAUCACAACAGCAAGAAUCAUACAACACGUUCGCUAAAUUUGUAGGCUAUGCCAUUGGCCAGCUAGCCAUUCUUAAACCAGAUCUGUCUAUUAAAUAUGUAGAAUCACGCGAGUCAAAACCGCUCUUUG